UCUAUGGCCGGCGCCCGCCGGGCCCGCCGAUUGGGCCGGGGGCCGUCACGUGGCCGAGGCGCGUCGGCGCAGGCGCAGUGGCCGCGUCGCCGUCGCCGUGGCCGUGGCCGUGGCCGUGGCUGCGGCCGCCGGGCCUGGUGAGCGGCUGGGGCGGCGCGCGGCGGCGCCAUGUCUCGGAAGCAGGCGGCGAAGGGCCGGUCGGGCAGCGGCCGCGGCAGGGCGGAGGCGGAGCGCAGGCGGGACGAGCGGGCGGCGCGCAGGGCGCUGGCUCAGGAGCGGCGGGCGCGGCCCGAGGGCGGCGAGGAGGCCGUGAGCUUCGCCAACCAGCUGCAGGCCCUGGGGCUGAAGCUGCGGGAGGUGCCGGGGGACGGCAAUUGCCUGUUCAGAGCUCUUGGUGAUCAGUUGGAAGGACACUCUCGAAAUCACCUGAGACACCGUCAGGAGACAGUGGACUACAUGAUAAAACAGAGGGAAGAUUUUGAGCCCUUUGUAGAAGAUGACAUUCCUUUUGAGAAACACGUGGCCAGUCUGGCAAAGCCUGGUACAUUUGCUGGCAAUGAUGCAAUUGUAGCUUUUGCAAGAAACCAUCAACUGAAUGUGGUGAUCCAUCAGCUUAAUGCCCCUUUGUGGCAGAUUCGUGGGACAGAUAAAAGCAGUGGGCGGGAGCUACACAUCGCGUACCGGUGUGGAGAACACUAUGACAGUGUCCGGAGGAUCAACGACAAUUCGGAAGCUCCUGCGCAUCUUCAGACUGCCUUUCAGAUACUUCAUCAAGAUGAAUCAGAUAAAAGGGAGAAGAGUAAGACAGAAAGCACUGACUUAGAAGAUGAGCUGAGAGAUGAAGGAGAAGACGCUGUCCAGAAAGUCUGCAGUGCCACUGGAUGCUCAGAUUUUAACUUGAUAGUCCAGAACCUGGAGGCUGAAAAUUACAACGUUGAAUCUGCAAUAAUUGCCGUGCUUCAGAUGGACCAGGGGAACAGAAAUAAUGCAGAGGAGAACUUCGAGUCCAGUGGCCGGCAGAAGCAUUGUGGCCCUUUGUGGGAGGAGGGUGGUAGCGGCGCCAGACUCUUUGGAAACUCGACCUUAAACGAAAGCCGGACUGAAAACAAGGCACAGGCUAGUCCUGGUGAAGAAAAGAAAGCGAGUAAAAGCCAGCCUCCCAAGGUCACAAACAAGCAGAGGCGAGAGCAGCAGCGACUGGAGAAGAGGCGGCGGCAGGAAGAGAGACACCGUCACAAAGCCCCAGAGAGCAGGGACAGCCACAGGGGCGGCAGAAGUGAAGCAGAGGCGAGCACACAGGUCACCUUGGUGAAGACCUUCGCUGCUCUCAACAUCUGACUGGCCUUCAGGGACUCAUGCGGAUAGUGGACACGGAGCGCCGGGGCCUCAGCUCUCGGAGGAUGUCCUUUCCCACAGCCCACACGACUCACGCUAAGAGUUAGUUCCCUUCAAGCCGCCUGGUUUUCGGCUCCAAGUUUUGCUAGUGAUGUGUUUUGCUUAUGAGAGCACACUGACGCUGUCCAUCUUCUGUAAUUAAAACACUGAAGUUAGGGGCAGACAGUUAGAAAGAACCUUUUAAAUGUUUCCCUUCCCUCCAUCGCCACAAGAAAAAUCAGAGUUCAGUGACACUGGGAUCUUUCCUUAGCACUUGGAGUGAGUUUUGUUGUAAUUGUUCAUAAAAUAGUUUAAUUGUGGGUUAGAAAUUCAGAAUGGUGAAUUUCCUUUUUCUUUAGAUUUUAAGCAGAUAUUAAUAUACAGGACAGCUCAUAUAUGUUCUCCAACUCAGGAAUAUGUUUGGAUUUGAUUUCCUUCUGAUCCAAGAUAAUCAGAAAAUAACUGUUUUCCCAAAGUAAUAUGAUACACCGUUGGUGUGGGACUCAGAACAGCCACUCCGACGUUACUUCCGAUGGGACUCAGCUGCUGCUGGUUCACCUGCAGUCAAGCCACACGGCAGGUGUGCUGACUUACUGGGCCAGCUGUUGCUGGAACAUGGUGCUGAGUUUUGGGUACUUAUUUCCUGACAGUGGAAGCAUGGAGUUCUGCUUGUGCUCUAGUGCUGGGAUUCUGGUAGUUUGGAGAGCAGAGUUGAUAGCCAUAAGGGGGGAAGUCAAGGGAGGCCUGGGUUUUUGUCCAGGGAGAGUCUUGAGCAUUCCCGGAUUUUGUAGCAGUGGAAGUGUCAUGAGACGUUCCGUGUCCGUGGUUGAAGCCACUCCUUGUCCCUAGCAGUCUAGGUUUAGGGGGAUGCCUUAAGAAAUAAAAAGGUAAUGCUGCCUGCUGCUAACUGUCAGUAAUGUGAAAGUGACACACUUAUUUAUUUUUGGAUUUUGGUAUUGAAAUAGAAAGCAUUUGCUGCAGCUGCCACAAGUCAGUGACCUGGACUAGACUCGUAGAGCAGAGAAGAGAAACUGACUGAGGCCUUUGAGGGACCCUGGAUUCUGCAAGGAAGAGUGAUCAGUGCUAGACCUCAGCUAGGUGGGUGCAGGCUUGGAGCCUCUACUGUGUGAAGUCACCAGUCUUGAGAUAAUUUUUUUUUCUUUUGCCAUUGGGAAGCUAAUAUUUAGACAAAUAAUAGGUACCGAAUCAAAAGGAAAUUGCUAGUUAUCCCCCCCUCCCCCUUCAGAUCAUGAAACGUGUGUGCGCAGUGAGGAGAGCACUGAGCUGGUCUUGAUGUGUGUGGGUGUGUCAUCAGGCUGGCCCUGGGCUCGCUGGGUUGUCUUCAUCAGCAGGUGAUUUGGGUCCUUGGUUUAAUGAUGUAUUUUAAGUUUGGUUUGUUUGACGUUGGUGACUCUGCUGCUGAAGAAAACCAACGGUCUCUUGGAGCUGCUCGUGGGCCCUGUGGCUGGGUUUCUUGUGGUGAGUGCCUUCUGAUGGAGACAGACGCCGCUCUGCUUUUUCUGUGCACACGGUAGAGUCCCGGCCGAGACUCCAGGGCAUGGUCCCAGUGAGGAGAAGGGCUGCUGCCUUAGCUGCCGUGAAGGAGUGAGAUCCACUGCGUCAGGGCCCUGCUCUCUUGAUUUUUCUUCUUGGGACUGAUUCCUGACUGUUAGCUCUGCUGAGUGAACAGCCUCUCACGCCUGUUCUUGCUGCUUGGAGAGCAGGUGACGAGACCCUCUCAGGAAGGCUGGGCGUCUUCCAGAGUUUGAGCCGAAGCUGGAGGCAGGUUGUCAGAAGGAAUGGCUCGCUUUAUUUGGCUAAUGAAAGUGGCUUGUGGCCCUGCUGAGUUUUAGACAUUUUAGAAGCUGCUAAAAAGUUGUUAAAGAAUGUUGGACACACUUAUUUAUAAAUCACCUAAUUCUGAUAAGUUUCAUUCCAUAUUUCUGGGGUAAGCAGCUGGUUUUUAAAAACUAGUCAAAUGGCUCUAGUAACCUAAGUUGACCACCACCUUAAAGUCUUCCAGUUACAAGCGUUGGAGUUAAGAAUCUUAAUUAUUAGGAACAGGGUAGAUGGAUCCACUCUGAUGAUACCUUCUGACUAAAGGCUUACAUUUGGACUUCACUGCCUCAGUCCCACUGCAGUGUGAGGUCCGUGGGCCGCCCUCAGCUGCCUUAGUAGGCGCCUGGCAGCUUCCUGGCAGCUGGAGUGAGUGGCGGAGGCCCGGUGCUCUCAGUCCCAGCUGUUGCCGUAGUUACCAGGCGCACCUAGCAGGGCGACUCUGCCCUACUCCGCUUUACAUUGGCUGUUGAACAUGGAUCUUUCGGGGUCAUCUCCAUAGCUUUAGUGAGGGUGGGAGGAGGGGGGAAGUGGUUCGUAGCUGGUUACUAGUCUUAGAACCUGUAUAUGCAGGUUUUAUGGAUUGCAAAGACUUAAAGGGUCAAGAUAACUAAAACUGUAGUGGUGGCAGCUGUGUACAAGAGGGUAGCUGUACGAAAUACAGAAUCACAGCUUCUAAAUAAAUAAACCGGAGGUACUAGAGAAAACGUACAUUUAGUUUCUCAGUAUGUGAAAUAGGCUUUCAGAAGGAAAAUGCGGUUAAAGAAAUCGUGGCAGAAAAAGAAGAAUCUCGAGUCUUCUUGAGUUUGUGUCUAGUUUCACUUCUAAGUUCUCAAACCCCUUUAAGCCCAUUUUGAUUCUUUGCUUUGGGGACCUGUGCAGCUGGGCUUAGAGGGGAUGCUUCGGAAUCCAGCCUGGGCCGCUCUGCCCUGCUUCCCAGGGCUCUGCCGGCAUGGAAGGGCGUGGGGAGCCCCGCAGGUUUCUGUCAGUAGCCAGCCACUCAGCAGGUGGGCUUCGACUGCGCUGCACCGGGGUGUCGCCCUGUGAGCUGCCUUCACUUGGAGAGACCACUCGCCAGGUGCUGCCUGGGUUUUGCUGGGUCGGCACGGGCCGGGCCAGUUGGCCUCUGGAGUGUGGAGCUCGACCGUUUCGUUGGAGACUCUGCUCCUGGGCAGAGCUCAUCGAGGUCACUGAGCAGAAGGGGCCUCGCGGGUGACGCGGGAGAGAAGAGCCGCUCGGUUUCCUCUCUACCUCAAGGCCCUGGAGCUUGCCUUUGCGCUCGAGCCCAACACCCUUGUUCUCUUGCACUUUUCUCUUUACUCGCUCUUUCGUUCAUCUCAGCUUUCAGAACGGGUGUCGCCGGGGCCUCCUCACAAUUGUUCUGGGGUGACUUAAUAAUGACUUUUUUUUUUAAACAAGGUGUGUUUCCGUGACCCCAACGCAAAUCGUUUGACCUGUUGAUGUUGUUAAGUUGAAUAUCUACGCGGCACUUUAAUCCUAGCAGACAUCUGCUGUCAGGCUAGAGGGAAACGAAAGGCCAGCAAGUAGAGGCGUUGGGCCCCGUCGCCGGGUGCUGGCAGCGUGCGGCGCGUGUGCCGAGGCCGCAGGCCUGCUCCCAGGACGUCUGGGCCCUGCGCCUGCCCGUCCAGGUGACCUUCCUGUCUUCGCCUCUUGCCUGGGUGACUUGAAGGGCUCCGUGUUAAUGAGGAGCGACUUCUCAGCUAAAGCGUUGGGGGCCCUGCACAGUGGCUUAGCGGGGGCUGGUGUGAGGAGAUUCGACGGAGAGCCGGGGGUCCUCACGGCGGCCCCGCGGCCCAGGCCCUUCUGCUGGCUGCUGUCCCGGGACACCUUCACUUCACGCUCUGUUCCUCCUCGGCGGGUGUGGGAGCUGCUGGGCCUCUCCCCAGUUGGAGACAGGCGGCCCUUCUGCCUGCACUCUACUUGCUCCGGCUGGCUUCCCCCUGGAGACAAGACCUCCGUGGGGGCCGUGGCCUGGAGAUGUAGCAAGUCUUAGCCUCGCCUUAUCUGUGGGCCUCGCCUUAUCGGUGGGGAGUAAUGCUACCAUUGUUCACGUCCUUAGUUCACAUGUUUCAUGCUGCUUGUUUUCCCUUGGAUUUUGUUACCUGACGCAUUUUGUUUUUAUCUACCAGAGUACUGUACUUGGCUAUUUGCAGUGUUUUCAGAACCAAAUGUUUCUUUCUUUUUCGUGUGUGUUUUUAAUCUUUAAUACUUGGUGCAAUAGAGGCUGCAAAGAUGUGCCAGUUUAUCUAUGAAAUGGAGUUUUGUACACCAAUAAAUUCUCGUUUAAAAACA